AUGCCUCUCAGCACAAUUUAUGAUAUGAUACUUUCAACGCGAAAUAAGCUCAUCUACUCCCUUGGAACUGCGCCAAGAGCACAUGCAAGGAAGGUGGCAGCGAUCCAAAGGCAGAUGCGCGAAUGGGCAGCAUCGGGCCACGGAACGAAGGUACUUCCUGUACACUCCGGCUGGUUCGACAUUUUCCGGCAAACUCCUAACAAGGGUAUCACACCGAUUUCUGUUGGGGUGCUGCAGGAUAUACUUGAGAUGCGCGAAUGGGCAGCAUCGGGCCACGGAACGAAGGUACUUCCUGUGCAUUCUGGCUGGUUCAACAGCUCUAGACAAACUCCAAGCAAGGGUACCACACCGAUUUCUGUUGGGGUGCUGCAGGAUAUACUUGAGAUUGAUAUGGACCGACUGAAUAUCCGCGUCGAACCCAUGGUGACGAUGUCGCAGCUGUCUCAAGUUCUUUUACCUCUUGGUUACUCUCUUCCCAUUUUACCUGGAUGGCCAGGGCUUACUGUUCAGGGUAAGACUAUCGCAUGA